UAUGUUUGUUUACUCCAUGUGUAGCUCUGUGUUGUUGUGUGUCGAACUGCUUUACUUUAUCUUGGCCAGGUCGCAGUUGUAAAUGAGAACUUGUUCUCAACUUGCCUACCUGGUUAAAUAAAGGUUAAAUAAAAAAAUAAAAAAUAUCAACUGAGCUACGAAGGAGCACGUCGACGUCACUAGAAUGAUGACAAGCAAUUUUAACGGAUUCUAAAGUGAAUCAUAGAAUUCCAAACUCAUUUAUAUGACAACACAGUUGUCAAUUUUGUAAACAAUCAUUUUUGAACGUGUGUUGCCAAGAGACAUCAAACCGACGUUCUAUGGAACGUUUUCUGUGCGAAAACAACUUCAGUUUGCUGCUGACAACAAACUUGAUUGAUUUCUGAGACCUGAGAAAGAACAAUCGACUGGAAAAUGCCUGGGUGCUUUUCAAGACUGACGGAGAGAGUGCGUGGACGUCGGCGGCCUACUGCGUCGACAGGUUGUUCAAAUUCAUUUGUGGCUUGUUUUUCUUGUCUUUUUCUGUUUUGCAGGGUUAGUGGUCGUCGACAGGUGGACAGCGACAGCGACUUCGAAGAGGAAACAACUGUCCUGGAUGAGGUCCAGUUGGAUGUGCCAGAUGUUCCACAGCUGCCAGUCCUCCUUGAUGUCCAGAAUGCUGCUAUCAUCCUUGACAAUGUGCCAGAUGUGCAGACUAUCCUUGAGAAGGCCACUGGCAAUUGGCAGUUGAUUCCGAUUAGGUUCAGCCCCCUGUACUGUGGGCCUGUUGUGAUCAGGAACAAUGCCGGUCCGGUGGUUAAAGCUUGGAGAACUUUCCAGUUCAUCAGCCCCAUCAUCACCUACAUGCGUGGGGGAUCCCAGCAGGUGGUGGUGAGGAUGCACCACGUGAGUAGGGUGAGAGGCCCGGAGACUCAACUGGUGUGGGCCAUCUCCAAGGAGACAGCCAGGCUUAGUCCAGAGGGCAUCCCCUACUGUGCCACCAAAGUGCAGUCCAUCACUUGGAUCCAUCGUGUGGCUGGCAGGGUGACCCACUAUGCGUCUCACCUCCGCCACGAGACGUCUGUGGACGUGACGCUUGGCUGCUACCAGCAGACUGAUGUCUCAGUGGUGUACGCCACUCUCCACAUGGGGCUGGACGGGCUUCUCUCCUCUUCAGCGUCGUCGGAGGCUGCCUCCUUCUCUACGCCCACCACUCAGCAGUUCACUGACCCAGAGCCUGAGGGCUACAAUUGCUAUGAGGUCAGACGUUACACACACAUACUAUUGACUAGGAGCAUUAAGAUCCUUCCAUUGACCGAUUGUUUAUGUCAUUGCAUUGGUCACUGAUUUUGAAUGCUUGUUUUGUUGUCGUAGGGCUGGGAGGAGGACCUGCUGCCUGAGGAGAGGGAGGUUCCUCUGCUAAAGUGAGUUCCUCUAAAUGUCUGUGUAGUCUGGGCUUGUCAGAUGCUGAAGGAUAGUGG